UGAAUACGCGCCCUUACGCGUCAUAAAUUACCUAUAUAGCUCAUAUAGGUACCUACCUAUAUUUGUUUGAGAAGGGACACUAGCACAAUAUUAUAAUGACAGACAAAAAACAAAAGCAAAUCAGCAUGGCUGCCAGCGCUAUCGCCCUGAAGGGAGUACGUAUGUUCCUCAAAGCAGGGCGAGCUGCUGUGGACCGGAGCGCGUCUCCAAUAAAGAGGAAGACCAAACCCGUGGUACCUGUGAACAAGAUACCGAAAGCGAGCCUAGAUGUACUGUUGCGGACUACAAGGUUUAAUAGAAAUGAAUUGGAAGCCGUCUUCACGAUGUACCGCCGGUUGGUGACAGCUGCGCAGGCGGCGGCACCUCCCAGUAUCAUUGGGCAACCCGUCGCUAAGAUUGAUGGCAUCGACCAAAGCACGUUCCGAGAUGUUAUGCAUAACACAUUUGACUUAGUCACAGAAGAGAUAGUUCUAGAUCGAAUCUGGAGUUCCUGGGACCGUGGGGUGAACGGGGGCGAAGGGGCAUUGAAGUUUGAAGCGUGGGCCAAGGGGCUAAGCGUGUUGUUACGAGGCAAUACUGAGGAGAAGAAAGUGUAUUGCUUUAAUGUGUAUGACUUGAACGCGGAUGGUUAUAUCACUAGGGACGAGAUGUUUGUACUUCUGAAAAACUCAUUGCUGAAGCAGCCAGGAGAUGAAGACCCUGAUGAGGGAGUAAGAGAUUUGGUUGAGCUGGUUCUACGUAAACUGGAUAUUGACAAAGAUGGAAAAGUAUCUUUGGAUGAUUAUAGGCAAGCAGUCCAACAGGAGCCUUUACUGUUAGAAGCGUUUGGUCAGUGCGUCCCUUCGCGGCGACACGCAGCAACAUUCCUUAAAACUUUAAGCACUAAGCAAUGAGAUAAUAACUUUAAUAACAGUACUUACUACUAUCAUGGACCAAUAUACUCGAGUAUGGUAUGGUCCAUGGUACUUGAGUAUAUUGGUCCAUGGACCUAAGAGUCUCUACUCGAAUUACUUAGGUGUUAUUAAGCUGAAGAGUUUGUUUAUUUGUUUGUCUGAAAGCGCUAAUCUCAGGAACCUUCGGUCCGAUUUGAAAAAUUAUUUCACUGUCAAAUAAUCAAUUUAUCGAGGACGGCUGAAGGCUAGUUAUAUCAC